AAUCAUUAUAAAUCUGCAUGUUUAACAAUAUAAAAGUAUUUCAGAUCAGCUACUCCACACUUACUCUGCUGGUCACCAUGUCUUUCACUGGGAAAUUUCUGCUGGAGACUCAGGAGGGUUUUGUGGAGUUCAUGAAGGCCGUUGGUCUUCCUGAUGAUCUCAUUGAGAAAGGCAAAGACAUCAAGAGCCUCUCUGAGAUCGAGCAUAAUGGAGAUCAGUUUAAAGUGACCGUGACGACUGGACCCAAAGUUCUGAGCAACACCUUUAUGAUAGGACAAGAGACUGAGAUUGAAAACCUGACCGGAGAGAAAGUCAAGGCUGUUGUGACUAAAGAAGGCAACAAGUUGAAAGUGGUUCUGAACAGAGUCACAUCCAUCACAGAACUCGUGGAUGACAACACGAUCGUCAAUACUAUGACUUUGGGCGACAUCGUCUACAAGAGAGUGAGCAAACGUGUGGCGUAAUACAAAAAGAGAGAAUAUAAAGAAAAAUAAAACUUUUUUUAAGUUCUGUGUGUUUAUUUUGUGGGGAAAGUAAAAAAAUAAAGUGGAGAUUUUGUGUUCAGAAAUACUCCUGGGGAAGACCAACCACAAAUGAGAUCUUUUUAGGACCUCAAAUGUUUCUCCAAGACCGCAAUGGAGAUUAAAUGGAGACUUUUGCUGAAGAAAAAGACAUUAGUAAUCACACGUGUGUCUGCACUAGAAUUUCACUAGAGAUCUUAAAUAUGAAUAUUCAGUCAUUGUUUACUCACCCCUGUGUUGUUGUAACUCUAUAUGACUUUCUGUCUUGUUCUGAACACAAAGGGAGAAAUUGUGAAUAA